CAUCUGGUUGGUUCAGUAUCGUGGGUGACGGCCAGCCUGACACAAGUUCGAUCUUUUCGGCGCUGUGAGCUAGGUGUGUGCAGCAGAGUGUGUAUUCGCGCGUUCGGUCAGUUUACGUCUCCAGAAGUCGGUGUGUUGUUUUUUAUUCGUUUGUCUCCUCUGCACUCGCGGCGUAUUCGCGUCGUUUGUGUUUAAUUUUUUUUUGCUUGCAAGCUUGUAUGCAGGUGCCGCCGACUCCUCGCUGUUCACUAUAAGCCGAUCGACAUCAGCUGUUCCGGUUGAGCGUGUCUAGACCUCCUUCCUCUGCUGAUGGAUGGUAAAGUUCUCCGAUUGACGGUGUAAAUGCGGGUAUCGGAGGUGCGAGAGUGCUCUGGCCAUCCGUGUGGGGCUGUGCUGCACAACCGAGUUGCAGUGCAAUCGGAGUGAAGUGAAGCGGAUGCAUUUUUUUCUCCGCCGUCGCGUGUGAAAGGAAAAGUGUUGAAGGGCUAAAAAUAGACCUCGCCGUGGUGUUGUGGAGUUGUCUACCUGGUAUUAAUAGAAUUAUUGAUGGCACGCAGUUGAUAAUUUAAUUACCACCCGGCAUGCACUGAUUCGCGACUGAAUGCCAAAGCGGUAGGUGAAAAGGUGAAACCAAAGAUAACUAUCCACACGGGAAAGGCUUUUGCGAGGCAUUGGAUGCUGCGGAUGCUGAGUGUGUGUAGCGGAUCUCGUGCGGUGCGUCUCAUUCCUAAGUGAACGAAAAAUUGGCCAUCGUUUAGUACGUUUGGGUGUGUGUGUCGGUUUCCGUUUCGUGUGAAGUGAGAACGAUUUAAUUGUCAAAUUAGAAACUAGGUGGAUGAAAUUCGGCUAAUCGGAGAAUAAUUUGAAUGCAGCGCCAGUGUUGAACGCCCUCUACAACGGCAGCGUGUGUGUGUUUGUGCGUUUUGAUGCGCUAAAAAGUGAAAAAGAUCAGUGCGGAACCGUGACGGCGGAUCAGUUGACAUCGGAUGGAUUCUGUUGCAUACGCUGUGUGUUACACAUUUUAGCUGCUAUUUCAACGCUUCGCUUGGCAGCUUUAAUUUGAACCGUCGCUAUCGGAACUAACAAUUUCGUCCAUAACCGGUGUGUGUGAACGACAAACGACGAACUCCAUACGAAAGAAGAUGAAUUGAGUGAUUGUUCGAUAAGCAGCAUACAAAUACAACACUCACCUGCAGUAAGUGAAGUGGGAGGAAAAAUAUUUCAGAAUAAACUAGAGCAAUCGAAGAAACCGGAACAGAGAAGCAUAGGCUGAAGUCACGCAACGAUGGGAUCGCAUGGACCGAUGGAAAUCAGUGCAACAUUCUUGCUGAGUUGUUGGAUGGCGCUGGCAAUGCUGCAGUUGACAAAUGCUCAGUACCGGUCGCCACGAAUCACGGAACAUCCCAGCGAUGCCAUCGUGCCGAAGAAUGACCCGGUGACGUUGAACUGCAAGGCCGAAGGGAAACCGCAACCGGUGGUGCUGUGGUACAAGGAUGGUGAGCCGGUCAAGCUUGACUCGAACCACGUGUUGCUACCGUCCGGGUCGUUGUUCUUCCUGCGGACGCUGCACAGUAAAAAGGAACAGGAUGACGGCGUGUAUUGGUGUGUCGCCAGCAACAAGGCCGGAACGGUGCACAGUCGGAACGCAACGCUGCAGGUUGCAGUGCUUCGCGAUGAUUUCCGCAUUGAACCAAAGAACACCAGAGUCGCUGCCGGGGAAACAGCGCUGCUAGAAUGUGGCGCUCCGAAGGGCAAUCCCGAGCCCACCAUCAGCUGGAAGAAGGACGAAGUUCAGCUGGAACUGGACGACUACCGGGUAAAUAAAGAUGUGGCCCGGAUACGAACCGUGGAUAACGGAAACCUGCUCAUCAGUGACGUUCGAUCUAGCGAUGCAGGUCGCUAUCAGUGCACCGCCCAGAAUAUGGUCGGAUCCCGGGAGAGCGUCUACGCCAAACUGACCGUCCAAGUGAAACCAUACUUCAUCGCUAAACCAACUGAUGUGACCGUCCUGGAAGGUCAACGUGUCCAGUUCCAGUGUGACGUGGGUGGAGAUCCAUUCCCCCAGGUACUAUGGAGCAAGGAGAAUGGUCACAUCCCGGUGGGACGUGCGGAAAUUCUAGAAGAGGACAGAAGUCUUGUAAUCCGAAACGCAACCCCCGAUGACCGCGGACAGUACAUCUGCGAGGCGCAUAACAGCGUGGGACAGGUUAUUGCCCGGGCCAACCUGGUUGUCAAUGGUAAGUGUAAUGGCAUUUAUUGUCCUCGACACAGCUCAACGCACUCUUUGACAUCUACGGGUCGUAUUCGACGCUUCCUGUCGCACUUCAACAGGAGUCUCGCUAAACGACGGACUCAUGCCGAUAUUGCGAAAAUGUAUCGCAUGGUGAAGUUGAAUUCAGCAGAUCAGCCACUCCAGCGCAUUCUCUGGAGAAAAUCUGCCAACGAACCGGUAACCACCUUCCAGCUGACGACAGUAACAUAUGGCACAGCCUCCGCACCAUACCUGGCGACGAAGUGCAUUCAACGGUUGGCGAAUGAUGCAAAACACACACAUCCUGUAGCAGCAGAGGUGGCUCGGAAGGAUUUUUAUGUAGAUGACCUUCUGAGUGGUACAGACAGCAUCAAAACUGGAAAGCAACUUGUCUGCCAACUCAUCGAUAUGUUCAACUCUGCCGGAUUCAGUUUGAGAAAGUGGAGCUCUAACAAUUUGGAGCUUAUCGAUGAUGUUCCUUCAGAACUUCGCGAUAAUCGCUCAACCUUUGAGAUUGAUUCAUCGUCUACUGUGAAAACCCUAGGGCUUAUUUGGGAACCAUCCGUCGAUAAAUUCAAUUACGCCAUACCUCGUUGGAGCUCUGAACCUACAAUCACCAAGAGAGUUGUUUUGGGAGACAUAGCUCGCAUUUUUGACCCACUUGGUCUCAUCGGUCCUGUAGUGGUACAGGCGAAAAUAUUUUUACAAGAGCUGUGGAAACUAAAGGGUGAUUGGGAUGAGCCAUUAUCUGUCAGUCAUCAGGAGUUCUGGUUAACGUACCGCAGAAAUUUAACUGCCCUCGAGUCACUCAAGGUUCCUCGAUGGAUUGGAUUUACCAAUGAUGCGAGCCACGUGGAAGUCCACGGCUUCUGUGACGCAUCAGAAGCAGCGUAUGGUGCGUGUCUAUAUUUACGCUGCACCUCACUUGAUGGAUCAGUUAGCGUUCGUCUCAUCACGGCCAAAUCAAAAGUUGCGCCAAUAGAAGAUAUCAAUCGAAAAAAGAAAAAACAAACCAUCCCACGUUUAGAACUAUCAUCCGCUUUAUUGCUGAGCCAUUUAUACGAGAAGGUUCGCAAAAGUAUACAAAUCCCGUCCCAUGCAUAUUUUUGGACCGAUUCGAUGAUAGUGAAGUGCUGGUUAUCAUCGCUUCCGUCUCGUUGGCAAAUCUUCGCAGUCUCGACGAAUGUUCGCAGUCUCGCUCGCAAAGUCGUUUUCGAGUGCACAUCAUGUUUCCGUAACAAACCUACGGUUCACCAGCAACUGAUGGCAGAUCUCCCAGCAGAUCGUGUAAGCCCCGCAGCAGCAUUUAUCAAGACAGGGGUAGAUUUUUGUGGUCCCUUCUUUAUACGCUAUCCUGGUCGUCGUAGCACAUCAAUUAAAUGCUACGUGUCAAUCUUCGUCUGCCUGACGACGAAAGCAGUGCACAUGGAGGUGGUUGCUGACCUCACAACCCAGGCAUUCCUCGGAGCCCUUAAGCGGUUCGUUUCUAUACGUGGAAAACCGUCAGUCAUCACCUGCGACAACGCCACCAAUUUUGUUGGAGCCAAUCGAGAGCUGGAACUACUUCGACUGCAGUUGUGCAGUCAACAAUUUCAACAUACUGUUACUCGCGACUGUGAAACUGAAGGGAUCCAGUUUAAAUUUAUCCCACCAAGAUCUCCAAACUUCGGCGGACUGUGGGAGGCCGCCGUAAAAUCGUUCAAAACGCAGUUUCGUAAAACGAUUGGAUCCAGAGUUUUAACAUAUGACGAGAUACACACCGUGGUACAGCAGUUAGCAGCAAUUUUGAACUCUCGUCCUUUAACGCCACUCAGCAACGACCCCAACGACUAUGAGGCCUUAACACCAGGGCAUUUCAUAGCGGGAAGACCUCUUGUGUCAAUUCCCUCACCAGAUUUGCAGGAAAUUCCUGAGAAUCGCUUAUUCUUGUGGCAGAAGUCGCAAAGUUAUGUACAACAGAUUUGGCGGAAAUGGAAAACACACUACCUUUCCGAUUUGCAUAACCGGACAAAAUGGACCCAGAAGCGCGACAAUCCCAUCGUUGGCACCAUGGUUCUGGUUAAGGACGAUAAUCUUCCUCCUCAGAAGUGGUGUCUGGGAAGAAUAGCGGAAACGAUUCCUGGAUCAGACGGGAUAAUCCGUGUAGUGACCGUUCGCACGAAGGAUGGUCUGCUCAAGAGAGGCAUCUCAAAAAUUUGUGUGCUUCCAGUUCGAGACAACUGCUCACCACCAAUAGCAGAAGAGUAUUUGCAAAAACAGGACAGCGGCUGGUACCGAUGUGUGGCUGUUGUGGGACAUCAAGUAGCGGCGGUGGCGGCGGCAGCGCCAAUAGCAUCUGCGUCGCCACCAUCUGCCCCAUCGGCGGUGGUAACGUCCUGGAGUGCGUAUCUUAUGAUUGAUGACAACCUGAACGUUUCUCAGCAACGAACGUACAACAUCGAACAGACCCCGUCUGCUCCGGGUUCACCGAAGGCACUCAACAUAACCAACAGCAAUGUAACGCUGGCCUGGACUCGUGGUCAGGACAAAUUCCCACGCUCCGGUUCCCUAACGACCUACACCAUCGAACAGUUCAGCCCAGACUCGAGCAACAGCGGCCCUUACGGCGGGUGGCAAAUUGCCCUCCAACAGAUCGCCGGCAACACUGCCACCGUGACGGGUCUCUCGCCGGAAACGUCUUACAUUUUUGUCGUCCGUGCGGAAAAUGCGUACGGUUUCUCGCCACCGUCCGCUCUUUCGUCGCCGAUUCGAACCCUUUCAUCCGAUGACCGGGUCACCGUGCCAGAGGAACUCGAGAGCGCCCGAAAUGUCCUCAAUGGGAAGAUUCUCGAACUGAUCGACAUCGUCCCCAUUUCAUCGACCUCUGUCCGGCUCGAAUGGCUGCUCCAUGUCAGCAGCUCCGAACAGUAUGUUGAGGGUUUUUACGUUCGCUAUCGCGAGUUAGACUCGACGAGUCAACGCUACAGCAUGCUCUCUAUCCCAAACAACGAAAUCGAAAGCCACAUCAUAACUAACCUGAACAAAUUCACCAAAUACGAGUUCUUUCUGACGCCGUACUUCAAAAAUCUAGAAGGCCAACCGAGCAACUCACGGAUCGUUCAGACCAUGGAAGAUCUCCCCUCGGCAGCACCUAUCAACAUCCAGACGGGUAUGCUGAACGUAACGGCAGGAUGGGUACGAUGGAGUCCUCCAACUAAGGAUCAGCUAAAUGGGGUUCUGCAGGGGUACAAGAUCCAGGUUAAGGCUGGCAACAUCUCCAAACUGUUGGCCCAGAUGACACUGAACUCGACUACGACUUCGGUGCUUCUGAACAAUCUGACGACAGGAUCCAGUUACAGCAUUCGCGUGGCAACGUUCAAUCGGGUCGGACUUGGCCCGUUUUCGAAGCCGGUGCAUCUGGUGAUGGAUCCUUCUUUUGUAAUCGUACCCCAGGGGGUCCACAACAGCUACAACGAUUACGAAGACCUUCGGCACCACAACUUUCUGCAUGAAACAUGGUUCAUGAUAUUCGUUGCGCUUUCAUUGUUCAUCAUCCUGCUGUUCACGAUCAUCGGUGGAGUGAUAUUUUUCAAGAGACGCCAUGGUUUGGGAAAGCCAAUUGUGACGGUUCCUAUUGGGGCGAGACGGGACAUUCCGAAUCUCAGCGGCAUGCGGAAGGACAAUGGAAUCUGGAUCGAUCGAGGCUGGAGAACCUGCGAUACUGAUAAAGACUCGGGACUGAGUUCGAUCAAAUUGCUGGAGGGAAAUCAGAUCUAUCCGAACCAGGCACUGUCAGACGGAGGUACCGAUUAUGCAGAGGUUGAUCCCAGGGGAGUUACGUCGUUCUACAACUGUAGGAAGUCACCGGAGAGUCCAACACCAUACGCAACGACAAUGAUAAUUAACGGGAUUCCAUACAGCGAAAACGGUGAUUUGAGCUUCCAAGGUCAUGACACUUUCUCGUCCACUUCUUCAAGUUUCCGAUCAUUCUACGGUUACCCACGACCUCAAAAUAGCAACCAAGUUCCUCCUAAUUGGGUCGACUACCUUCCGCCGCCACCGGAGCACCCACCGCCAGCUCCUCAGCAGUUGGACAUUAACCAUCUGAACCACGUGUACCCCUCGGAACUGGUCGGAACACUGUCCAGCUCCCAGGCUAGUUCGUACUGCUCGCGCCGCACCAGUGGCUACAAAUGAGACCCGCCCCGAAGUCGCUCCAACAAUGUUUACCUGAUCAGUCCAACGGCUGUCCUCCGAAACCAUUACUAAGAAACGCUAUAUUGGAAGUCAUUACGGAGGGCUUCCCGGUAGCGACGAGAUGUUAACAGCGUAAGGCUUCGCGCGGGUAUUUUGACUUUGUUCGACUCACUCACUUCGGGAGGGGCGCGUCCCUUCUUCGUGAGAAGAGACCACAAAACUCAAGAACGAGAGAUAAAACAACAACAAUGAGAGAUAAUCACGAGGCCGAGCGGCGUACCGCGCGAAAAAGAGAGUAUAUUUUUUCACAGACAGGACUUUAGGGCUGGAAGCAAUUGAGCCCUCGUGGUUAAAAGAAGCACAUUCUCCGGAUUGGACAUUCCUCCCGCUGAAGGAACGAUUCCUGCGAUGAAAACGUGCAAAUUAGCCACCAGAAUAAAGUGCCAUUGCAUCAAAAAGGGACAAAAAAGAAAGAAAGAAAUCGCACAUGAAAAGACAUAAACCGAUAGAGAAAAGAGAGAAGAGAGAAGCAAAUAUUUACAUUGGCAUAAUUGAAGAUGAAAAUUCUUUUGAACAGUAACAUUUAACAAACAGAGAGAGAUAUAUUUACUGAACUGAACGAGAUUUAUUUUACCAUGACAUAUCGAGAUUAUCCGAACCAAAAAAAAAAUAUAGAGAUUUCAUUCAAG